AUGGCAUUCCGUAACGAAACCGCAUCCGUCUACCGCGAAAGCAAGCAGUCGAAAAUCAACGAUUCCAAGAUCGACGUCAAGGCCGUGUUCAAAUACCGAGCUACUUGGUUCUGCGCAGCGUACUUUCUAACUUACGUUGGUAUCGAGACAGCGAUUUCGGGAUGGAUCGUCUCAUUCAUGCUGCGCAGCCGUCACUCAACCGCUUACGUCGCUGGUCUAUCUUCUACGGGGUACUGGGUUGGCAUGGCUGUUGGACGACUCACAUUAGGUUUUGCAACAGAUAGAAUGGGGGUGCGGCGCGCGACUGGUUUGUACUUUAUUCUCGCUGUUGGGGUAGAUAUUCUCUUCGCUGCUUUGUCGUCUCCAGCUGCUUCUGUGGCGUUGAUGACAAUGCUAGGGUUUAUCAUGGGUCCGAUGUUUCCUUCAGGAGUUGUUGUGCUUACACGGUUGUUGCCGGCAGAGUUGCAUGUUGCGGCUGUUUCCUUUGUGGCUUCUCUAGGUCAGGUUGGAGCAGCGCUUUCACCGUUUGCUAUAGGUGCUGUUAUUGACGGCAUGGGUAUUGGUGUCUUCCGGUUCGCGAUAGUCAUCGAGACUGUGUUGGCGUUGCUGGUAUGGGUUACUUUUGCAAGGCUGCGUCCCGCUUUGCAAGUUGUAUCUACUGCGCGCCAUGAGGACUGA